GCUAUGGCUUUAGCCAUAGAUAAAAGCGUAUUUGGAUAAAAAAAGGGAUAAAAGUACAAGUUUUUUUAAUGUUUUUUUAGGUUAUUUUUUAAAUUUUGUGCACAGAUUUUGUGGCAUUUUCCGAGUUUUUAUUCAAAGAUAUUUUCCACAUCAUAAAUGGGCAAGAAAGGCAAAGAUAGGAAAAAGGGCAAAGGUGCCGAAAAGACUCACGCCAAAACCGAAAAGAAACUAUCAAAUAGAUUGAAGAAAGAGCUUAAAAACUUGGGCGAGGACGAUAUCGAGAAUAUUGUGGCCCAGAUUGAAAAGGAGGAAAAACAACGCUUACAAGUAACCGAAAUUCAAUUGGAACAACCACCAUCUAGAAGACUAAAUUUCAGUUUUCUAAGUCAUCCCGUUAAGGACCAGCUUAUCCUGUAUGGCGGAGAAUAUUUUAACGGUCAAAAGACGUUUAUUUACGGCGAUCUCUUUUUCUUCAACAUCCAGAACAAUACGUGGAUGUUAGUAAAGGCCCCUGCAGGUCCACCUCCACGAUGCGGUCAUCAAAUGGUCGCCACUUCUGCCAAUAAAGGAGAACUGUGGCUGUUUGGCGGAGAGUACGCCAGUCCGACACAAUCACAAUUUUAUCACUACAGAGAUUUAUGGGUUUAUCAUAUUGCUAAUAAACAGUGGGAGAAAAUAGCUUCGGUGGAUGGUCCAAGCGCCAGAAGCGGCCACAGAAUGGUGCUGGUAAAGAAGCAGAUAUUUGUUUUUGGCGGUUUCCACGAUAAUCUUAAAGACUACAAAUAUUUCAAUGACGUAUACACUUUCAAUCUGGAGACUUACAAAUGGAAGAAACUCGAACCUGUUGGAACUCCACCAGCCCCCAGAUCAGGUUGUUGUAUGGUUUCUUUACUAGAUGGUAAAAUUCUUAUAUAUGGUGGAUACAGUAAAGAGAAAAUUAAAAAAGAUGUUGAUGCUGGAAAGGUAUACACUGAUGCGUUUCUUUUAGGGUUAGACAAGCACGACCCGACACAAACAAAAUAUAAAUGGCAACAAAUAAAAAUAGGCGGGCAAUCUUUUUCGCCCAGGUGUAGUAUGCCGGUAGUUUCUUCUGUCAAUAAUCUCUCGGCGUAUUGUUAUGGAGGAGUUUUCGAUAUUGAAGAAGAUGAAGAGAAUAUAUCUGGAAACUUUUUUAACGAUUUUUACAUGCUGGAUUUGGAGAAAUUGGUGUGGCAUUCUGUAGUUUUGAACAGGAAAUCGAUAAAAGAGAAUAAACCGAGACGAAAACUGAAUAAAAACGAAGAAGAUAUAGAUGACGAAAAUGUGUCUGAAGUGGAGGAAACGAUGAAAUCAACAACUAUAUCCGACGAUGGUGUGUUCAAAGUUACCAUUGGUCCAUCGACAGCAUCAAAAGACAACGCGGAAAAGGAUACAGUGGAAAAAAUACACAAUUUAUUUCAACCUAGUUCUAGAAUGAACUGUGGCUUAGCUAUUAAUCAUGGAGUUCUAUAUUUAUAUGGAGGUAUGUUUGAAGAUGGUGACAAGCAAUACACAUUUAAUGACCUGUAUAGUAUAGAUUUAAAAAAACUAGAUGAAUGGAAGACAAUUAUAAACGAUGAUAGCACCAAAAUGGAAUGGUUGGGCUCUGAUAGCGAAAGUGACAAUAGCGAAAGUGAAGAAUCUGAAGAAGAUAAUAGCGAUUCUGAAUCUGAUAUGGAUACCACGUAGAAUAAGAUUAUUUUUAAACAUCUCUAUAGGUAUAUAGAACUGUUAAGAAAGGUAUGUUAAUAUUUUUUUUUUAAAUAAAUACACGUUUGUUUGUAUC